CAAGAGCAGCGGCUCAGUGUAAGAGUGGGAACUUGAGGUUUUGGCUCAAUGUGCUUCAGUGUGAAGGGGCGGAGGAAGUGAGCGGAGGCGAAGGUGAGGAUCUGGACAAGAGGUGGGUCACCAUGGCCAGUCAGGAAUGUAAAACAGUUGCUCCCAUAAAGGAGGCCUUGAGGAGCGUCACCAAAGCAUCUGAUGUCAGGGAGGACAGUGCUUUGCUCUUGCAGCCAUACAGUAACUGGGAACAGUUCCUGAUGCCUGGCCCACUCUCUGUCGCCAUUUUAGGGGAAAUUAUAUUCCUUUCCGCAGGAGAAGACUUUGCAAUUGACAAGAAUGCACCCAAGGAAGGAUUUAAGCACAUGAAAUAUCCCAAAUCAUUCCGUGCCUCUUUAGUGCAAGUGAGCAACAAGGGCUGGGAGGCUUUUCAGGAAGCCCACAAGAACAUGGAUCAAAUCCGGCUUCUCGCUGUGACAGUCCCGACUGAUAUGAGGGAUGUUGUGAAGUUCCUCAUGCAGAAGGACCCAAAGAUCACUGAAGAUUUCCUCCCGAUCCCUCUGAACAGCAUCAAAACCACUGCAGAUAAAUGCUUGAAGCUGUCCACAGCUGUGGAGCAGAAGUUCACUGGGGUCAUCCAUCUGAUCAAUGAACUUCUGGAGGCCUGUACAAGCUCGAAAGGAGUGUAUGAGGAACAAUUACAUGAAAUAAAAAUCAAAAAGGAACUCACUGAAAUGAAGGAGAAAGCAGCAAGAGAGACAAAAGCCAUGAUGGAAGAGCAUCACAAAGAACUGGAAGCCCAAAUGAAGCAAGCAAAGGAAGAUUACAAAACCAGCAUGGAUUCUAUACCAGCUGGCUGGGAAGCUGUGAGAAUGUCUAUGGCAGAAACAUUCGUUAAUGGUAUCAGUUCCUUCAUCAGUGGAGGAAUUAUCAAGGCUAUGUUUUCUGGAAAAAGCAGUAAUAAAUGUGAUAAUUCUAGGUCAAAAACUAAUCCAAACUAUACUGGAGGAACUGAGAAUAAUAUCAUCUAUAAAGCAGAAGCUCUACAAUCCUUUAUACAAAUGCUUCAUCCCUUCCAGAUCAAGGGCAAGAAGAUUGACUUGAAGAAACUGAACAGUGAAGAUGGAACAAAAGCCUUAAGCUUGUGUGAACAGAACUUGAAGAAAUUGCUACAGGAAGCAGCAAAUGGAGCAGAUUGCAAGGAGAAGGAUGCUGCCCUGCAGAUCUGUGAAACAGGAAUCGGAAUAUGCAAGGAGCUGGAAAUCAUGCGGAAGGCUAAACAAGAUGAUAAGGUGGAAAUGGCCAACCUAGCUGUGAAGAUCAAACAGGUGAUGCAGGAUUCAAUUAAAUUCACCUCCCGCUGCAAGGCAAAGGCAGGGACCAUGGGUGUAACUGCCACCCCACCACACAUGGCCAGAGCUGAGCCAGAACAAAAUCUCAGUGGUCUAGAGACAGCCAGUCUCAAUGCCAAGAUCAAAGUGGAACAAACUUCAGCACAGCUUCGAGCUUCACAGGAGAUGUAUGAGAAAAGCUUUGAGAAUAUAAAGAAGAAUAAUGAAGAGCUCCAACAGAUCCUGGAAACUCUGAAGAGCUGUAGUAUUAAGGAAAUAGACUUUGAUAAAACUGUGCAGAUGCUCCUGAAGGGAUUGGAUGCAUUGGGCCGUGUGAAAGAACAAUGGGGGAAGAUGGUUCUCUUCUUCUCCAUGAUGUCAAACCUGAUUGAAAGCUCCCUGAACCCAUCACUCCACAAAUUCAUACAGUACAGUGAAAAGAUUUCUGGCUAUUCACCGAGCCAGCUGACACAGGACCUGCUGUACGUGCAGAUCUCUCAAGCCACCAAUAUUGCAAGCCUUGUCCACAUGAUUGCUGAGACUUAUGUGCAGGUCUCCACCCAACAUCUGAUGGACCGAGUCAACAGCUUGGGGAGACUACUGGGCCUCGACCCAAAUCGGGACAGACUUAAAUUUGAAGAGGAGCACGAGAAGUUUGGAUCAGACUGCGAUGAAGCAUCAAAAGCCAUUGAAGAUCUUGUAAAGAGGAACAAGGAGCAGUAUGAAGCACGUGUGCAGGCGAGAAUCGACAGAAUCAAUAACAGUGUGAAGGCCGUGCUGUCUCCUGCCACGCCAGAAGAAAUGAAAGACAUUGAAGAUGCCGUGCAAGAAGGCACACACGCGGCAGUUGAGGAAAUAUCAGAGGAAGUCGUGAAUGAUUUUGUGUAAUGAUUCCCUCCCUCACACACCCCACCAUUCCAGCGUUUCCCAAAGAUCAUUGCAAUUUAUUGAUUCUGUCUUGAUUGGCGUUUAGUAAGGAGGGAUGACUCUUCUCUGGUAAAGGGAGCAGCAGGUUACAUGGGGAACAACAUCUUCCAUCAGUUCAGGAUGAGAGGUCACUUGUUCAUCCAUCCAAAUGAUCAUCAGAUCCUCGCUCCACCAUGCCAUGGGUUUGUCCAAUAACUCUGAGGUUUCCACCUCCAUUACUUUGUCCCCCUGUCCAUCUCAUGUCCUCAUCACUGGGAAUAAUGUCCAUCUCUAAAUUUGUCUGAAGCUGCCUUCUUCACCUGCAGCAGUCUGUGUGGGAGCUUUAUAAUGAUCAGUCCUGAAGUGCAUUUCUCCCUGAGAUUGUGUCCAUAAACCAGUGCAUGGAAUAUUUACCCAAGCUGUACCUCUUGUUAUGCCCUGCUGGUCACUUGAUAAGUAGAAAACAGAAUGUUCCUUUUCUUCCCAGUCUCCCAAAUAUGGACAUCCAAACUAUGCCCUAGUAUGGCCACUCUUGGCUUGUCCCUCUAAGUAGCCUCUGAUAUUACACUGCCCUCAAAAGUUGAAGACAUUCACCCAGUGACAAAGUGCCUUCCUUCGCCAUCUCCCAGCACUGAGAUUGUGGAGGGAGUGAGCUGUAGAGAUGGUCUCAGGAAAGUCAGAGGCAGGAUUGCGAGGGGAAAUGGUGCUGUGGCUGAUGGGCAGAUGGGAUUGGGAAGAUAAUUGGGAGAGGCUGGUGGCUGAAGACACAGGCAGCAGUUCGGGGAGGAGGGCGGUGCAUUUAGUAAUGAGGUAAAGUUGAACAGACACCUACCUGGAGGCAAAUGGAUGCCUCGGCUUCAGCUUGAGUGGGACCCUUCACCUGACACGGAAAUGUAGUGCGCACCUCCACCAAGUCCUGCUUCUUUAUCUUCCUUCAUGUGACGGCCGGACAGAAUUUUGUUCAUGUCAUUAGAGGACCCCUGUCCACUGCUUGACAUCCCCAGCAGCUUCUGUGCACUGGCUUAUCGUGUCUACUGACACACCAGCUUAUCAGGUUCAGGCAUGAACAGACACAGAACAUACAACAGGCCAGCACAGGACAGGCCAUUCGGCCCACCAUGUUGUGCCGAUCUUGAUGGCAAUUUAUACUAAAUGUCCUCCUCCUGUGUAUCAUCCACAUCCCUCCACUCCCUUCAUAUUCAUGUGUCUGUGUAAAAGCCUCUUAAACUCCACCAGACUGCCUGCUUCCACUGUUACCCCUGGUCACCCACUCCAGUCACCCACCACUCUCUGCGUAAAAAAACUUGCCCCUCACAUCACCUUUAAAAUUCCCCCUCUGACCUUAAAAGCAUUUCCUCUGGUGUCUGACGUUUCCACCCUGGGGAAAAGAUAAGAUAAGAAGACAAGAUCUCUUUAUCAGUCACAUGUACAUCGAAACACACAGUGAAAUGCAUCUUCUGCGUAGAGUGUUCUGGGGGCAGCCCGCAAGUGUUGUCAUGCUUCUGGCGCCAACAUAGCAUGCCCACAACAUCCUAGCCUGUACGACUUUGGAAUGUGGGAGGAAACCGGAGCGCCCAGAGGAAACCCACGCAGUCAAGGGCAGAACACACAAACUCCUUACAGACAGCGACCAGAAUUGAACCUGGAUUGCUGGCGCUAUAAAGAAUUAUGCUAACCCAUGCCUGCCUUCUGACUGUCUACCCUAUCUGUGCCUCCCAUAAUUUAGAAACCCUCUAUCAGGCCUCCCCUCAGCCUCCGAUGCCCCCAGGGGAACAACCCAAGUCUCUACAAACUUUUCUUGUAGUUCAUACCCUGUAACGAAGGCAGCAUCCUGGUGAACCUCUUCUGCACCCUCUCCACAGUCCCACAUCCCUCCUAUAAUGGGGCGACCAUCAUUGGUCGAGUGCGGUCGGACUAAAGUUUUCUACAGCUGCAGCACAACUUCCUUACUCCCUGUACUCAGCACCCCUCCCAAUGAAGGCAAGCGUGCCGUACACCUUCUUCACCACCUUAUCCAUUCGUGUAGCCACUUUCAGUGAACUAUGGACCUGGACCCCAAGAUCCCUCUGUCCUUCAGUGAUAUUAAGGGGCCAACCAUUACCUGUAUACUCCCUCCUCCCAUUUGACCUCCCCAAUGUGCAAAACCUCACACUUGACCGGAUUAAACUCCAUCUGCCACUUCUCUGCCCAUAUCUGUAACUAUUCUAUAUCCUGCUGUGUUCUUUGACAGUCCUUUACACUGCCCCCAACUCCACUGAUCUUAGUGUCAUCCUCAAACUUCCUAAUCCACCCAUCUACAUUUUCAUCCAGGUCAUUGAUAUACGUGACAAACUACAGAGGUCCCAGCACCGAUCCCUGUGGAACACCACUGGUCACGGACCUCCAGCCAGAAUAACUGCCUCCACCCCUACUCUCUGUCUUCUCUGGGCAAGCCAGUUCCAUAUCCAAACUUGCAAUUCCCCCUGGAUCCCAUGUAUCUCUAUCUUCUGAAUCAACCUGCCAUGAGGGACCUUAUCAAAUGCCUUACUAAAGUCCAUGCAGAUAAUGUCCACUGCCUUACCCUCACCUUUGUCACCUCUUCAAAAAAAUUCAAGUUUGUAAGGCAUGACCCGCCUGGCACAAAGCCAUGCUGACUGUCCCUAAACAGGCCAUGCCUUUCCAAAUGUGCAUCAAUCCUAUCCCUAAGUUCAUGUCUGUGAAGAGUUUGCACAUUCUCCCCAUGUUUGCAUGGGUUUUCUCCAGGACUUCUGGUUUCCUCCCAUACUCCAAAGACAUACAGGUUAGGAAGUUGUGGGCAUGCUAUGUUGGCGCCGGAAGCGUGGCGACACUUGUGGGCUGCCCCCAGAACACUCUAUACAAAAGAUGCAUUUCACUGUGUUUUUUGAUGUACAUGUGAUGAAUAAAGAAAUAUUAAAAAUAUUAUUUUAUCUUUAAACCUCCCUGGUCUCCCUCAAACAGAUUUUGGUGUUUUGAUCUAACUUUGUUAUCUGAUAAGGACUUUUUAAAAUUUUUGGAGAAACAAAUUGUUUUUUUUAAAGAGAAUAUGCUGGAGGAGACUCCUGUUUUAUCAUAUGGGAUGCUUUUAAGGCCUUUAUUAGAGGACAAAUCAUCUCUUAUAUGGCAAGUGUUAAGGAAAAAGCUAACAGAGAGAGAAUUGAUUUAGCUAAUCAGUUGAAACUACUGGACCAAAACUAUACCUAGGAUCCAGAUCCUGCUUUAUACAAAAGACGUGUUGAAAUUAAAACUAAAUAUGAUCUCCUUUUAACAUAUCCCAUUGAAAGUCAACUUUUAAAAGAUAAAAGUCAAUUUGAGAUUCAUGGAGACAAAACAGGUAAAUUACUGGCUAACCAAUUAAAAACCUUUAUUGCUAGAUGGCAAAUUAAAGAAAUUUGCAAAGCUAA